AUGAACAUGCACUACCUGAACUUGAGCAACAACAAGUUGAGCCCAGGAACCCCAACUAAGUUGGGUCAGUUGAAGCUGCUGUCUGUGCUAGAUUUGAGUCAUAAUUCUCUUAGUCAAGAGAUACCAACGGAGUUUUGUGAUUUGGAAAGCUUGUUGACACUGAAUCUGUCCCACAAUAACCUCUUUGGUGUAGUUCCCCAGACUUUUGCUGACCUUCGUGGCUUGGAGUUCGUCGACAUAUCAUACAAUCGAUUAGUGGGUCCGAUUCCAGAAAACAAAGCAUUUCAAGAAGCUCCUAUAAAAGCAUUGCAAGGGAAUCAAGGUCUGUGGCAAUGCUACAGAAGAAAAAAGAAUUGUCAAAAAACAGAUGAAGAGGACAUGCAUCCUAAAGAAUUUGAACUUCGUUCAAUGUCGAUUUUUGAAGGAAAAUUGUUGUAUGAAGAAAUUGUAAGAGCAACUGAGGAUUUUGAUGAUGCUUAUUGCAUUGGGAAGGGAGGCACUGGAAGCGUUUACAAGGCAAAGCUUCCAUCUGAUGACUUGGUGGCUGUAAAGAAACUCCACAGUACUCACUGUGAUGGUGAGAGGAGCUUUGAAAAGGAGGUCUUAAACGAGGUGAUGGCAUUGACUGGGAUACGCCACAGAAACAUAGUGAAACUUUAUGGCUUCUGUUCACAUUCACGACACUCAUUUUUGGUUUAUGAGUACCUUGAAAGGGGCAGCUUGUUCUCAAUCUUGUGCAAUGAAGAAGCAGCCAAGGAAUUGGAUUGGAGCAAGAGGGUGAAUAUCAUCAAAGGUGUGGCUCGUGGCUUAUCAUACAUGCACUCUGAUGUAUCACCACCAAUUGUUCAUCGAGACAUAACCAGCAAGAACAUUUUGCUAGAUGCCGAGUAUGAGGCUUGCAUUUCAGACUUUGGCACUGCUAAGCUGCUAGAACUCGGUGCAUCUAACUGGACUGCUGUGGUAGGCACAUUCGGAUAUGUAGCACCAGAGCUUGCUUAUACAUUGAAGGUGACUGAGAAAUGUGAUGUGUACAGCUUUGGAGUAUUGGCACUCGAAGUGAUGAAUGGGAAGUACCCGAGUGAUCUAAUCAGGUCUUUGUUGUCACAAGCUGAAAUCAGAGAAGGAAAUUUGCCUGAAGAUGUGUGGGAUGACCGGCUUAAACCUCCCACGGGUUCAGCUGGAGACGAGAAGAAGGAUUGGCCUUUUGUAUUUCUGGCAAGUAACAUAUAUAUUCAAGUCAAAAAUAUGGUUGCUUAUUGUUUUUGA